AGAAAGUUCAAUAUCCAACAAUUAUUUGUUUUUCCAGUUUCCUGCGUUGAUAAAUUGUUGCUUUCCAAACCCACUGGUAUUGGGGUUCAGAGAGUUAAAGAAAAGAUAGACUAGUGUAACGUACCUGAAAUGAUUUAUGGACAUGUUUGUAUGUUUUUCCAGAUGUCAUGCAGGUGGAGGUGAUCAGAACGUACACAGCCAAGCAGCCAGACGAGUUGUCUCUGCAGGUGGCUGACGUGGUUCUGGUCUCGCAGACUGUAGAAGACGGCUGGUAUGAAGGCGAGCGACUGCGCGACGGAGAGAGGGGAUGGUUCCUAACAGAGUGCGCUGAACCAAUCACCUGCCAGGCCACCAUCGAACGCAACAUGCAGAGGAUGGACCGCCUGCAGGGGCUGGAGACUAAUGUGUGACAGGACGAUAAGCUUCCUCCUUAACCCACGGAGGGCUUUCCCCAAGCCGACAGCGGACCCCGCGACGCACCGGCGACCUGCCCUUUUUGAAGCGCUGAACUCAGACAAACGAGUUCACCAGCAGCAUCAGCGACCUGCCUUCAGGGAACCGAGCGGAGCUUCACGGGAGCUGCUGGGUCCUCAUAAAGACGAAGCCGCAAUUCGGACUUUUGCUCAGCGUCCACUGAAUAUCAGGCGUGCUGAUGAGAACAAACACAGCAGAAGAAGAACACAGAUUGCCUUAAUUACUGAUUGGUCCCUGUGUGGGUGGGAUGGUUUGACAGUGGAAUCUGUCACAUUGAUUAACUCCCUGGCUGGUUAGAAAACUUCACACCCACAGCCAAAGUCACUGCUUCUCAACACUCUGCUGCAUUAAGAGCCGUCGGUGUGAAUUGUGUAAAUGUUACUUUGCGAGCAUAUUCUUUGUAAGAGAUGUGCAAUGUAAUGGGAGCGUACUGGCGCCACUGUAGGAGGUAAAGUAGACCAAAUAGUGUGAAACUGACGGCAGCCUGGUGUGUGUGCGCUCUGUUAAUGAGGCUCAGGAGCUUUGCCAGUGACAAUGUUAACUAUGAAGAUGUUGAUUGUGAAAGGCAAGAGGGUGGGGUAGUGUAGAAACUCAUGAGUGUCUAAGCAGCAAGUAAAACCUGUGGCGAUAUUUACACCAAAAUAAAAAAAAAAAGCUACUUGUUUGAAGGCACUUUGCACAAGUCAUAAUUAAUUGAACUAUAUUAGGAAUUCUAGCAGUCUGAGAAGUUUGAGGUCAUUCCAGCUUCUACUACAUAAGGAGACAAGUUAGCCUAAUGAAAAGUACCCACCAUCUCUUACGUCGUCCACGAGUUCAGCAGAAGAGCCCAGCGUCUGUUCUCCACCUUGACACCAUUUAAUGUCACCAUCAUAAAUCUGACUCUGCAUUUGUGUCACAAACACCAUCAUUCUUUCUGUCCACUCAAUGAUUUGGACCGCCUGAAAUGUCACACAACUUGAAGCCAAGCCAGAAAUGUGUAUAUAUAAAUACCACCCUUCCCCUCCUCUGGGAUUUAUAUUUUGCGAUAUUAAUAGAAACAUGCUGAAAUUAAUUUGCGUGUCCUCGUGGUGAGACCGGAAGAGACGAGCCUGGUCCUGCUUUUAAUGUGAUUGUCCAGUGUGAGUCAUCUUUUUAGUGUUGCCCAGCUAAAGGAAAUGAAUAGCUUGGUCAGAGAAUAAUGAUAACGCCAUCUAUCAAGCCCGCUGCUUCGGGCCCGGCCCCAGUGACGACCGCAACUGUUGAGAUGCACAAAGCGGGAGGUACGGCAGCGGGAGGCAGAGCACCCGACAAGAAGGACACGAGCAUCCAGACUCGGCUUUGCAUUUGCACUCAGGGAAAAUUACCACAGAUCUUUAGCAUGAGUUGAUCUUGUUUCAAUCAUUUCCUCUCUUUGUAACUAUUGUAAAUAAGCUCUGUAAAUGUAAAUAUGUAAAACAGCCUAAACUGCUAUGUGUAUGUUUUCGUAAAUACAAAUAUAUAUUGAAGGAAGUUGCUCGCUGCUUCUAUAUUUUAAUCAGUCUCUGUUAAUAAAAGCUCAAUUACUUGGA